AUGGAUCCUGCAAAUGGUGCUCAAGAUUCAGGGUCCUUUCUGACUCCUUUGUUGAUUUCCUUGGCCGGCAUAGUUGCCACUUGUCUAGCACUAAUUGUAUACCAUUUUUUACUUGUCAAAUACUGCCUAAGAUGGGGAGAUAAACCGGAUGAUGCUACAAAUCCCUCCAUACCAACUGGGCUUCAACAGAAAAUCCUGGGAACAAUUCCAAUCCUGUCUUUCUCCAGGGAUAAAGAUGAAGAAUUGGGCACUCAUCAAACUGAAUGCGCUGUUUGCUUGGGAGAACUAAAGGAAGGGGAGACUAUACGCUUUUUAGAAUCGCCUCCGGCCAACCAUAUUGGAGGAGAAAGGGUUCCGGAUUUGGCUCGAAACAUCGGACAAGGUGGCGAUCAGGCCGCAUCAACGUCCGGGGUUCAGUCAAAUACUUUGUUAAGACAUUGUGUGCCCCUGGUGUUCCCUAGAGUAAGUAAAACACAUGUGAUCACAGGGUUGAAGGGAUCCUUGUCAAUGGAUCAGUUCCACAUAUACAUUAACUUAAUAGAUGACAGUGGAGAUGCUUCUUCUUUAACAUCAAAGAUGAUUUUGUGGAAGAGCAAUUCUUGUAAGGCCCCAUCUAUGAGACAGUUGGAUAGAAUGUCUUCAUUGUUGAGAUCUUUCUCACAGUAG